GUAGGGACCAAACUGCAAAUGUUGCUGUCGCAGCGCAGUACACACAGUAGAGUAGGGUGCGUGUAACUCUACCGAUAUAAGCUGAUGACAGAUGAAGAAAAUGAGAAGAAAAUGCAAAAUUAUUUUCCAUUUUAGUGUUUUACACUCAAAGGUGUAGGUUUUGACCGCCAUUGAAAUGGGGUUUUCAGCUUCAGCCAGGAAAAGGUAAAAAGGAGAGAGAAAUACAGCUGCAGCUGCAAGAAGCUUCGUGUUUUUCAAGCGCCAUUUGCAGCUGCAAGAAGGUUUCUUUAGCUCCUUUUUAUCGUUUUCCUUGAGAACCCUCGAGUUUUGGAAAUGUUGAAGCAUUUCUACGGUGAUAAACAGAGCAAACUGCAGAAAUUUUGUUCGGGUUUUUCGGAUUCCGGCGGCUUUGAGAGGCAAUGGUGCUGAGUUUUGGUGUCCCUUUUCUGAUUUUCCGGCGACAUUUUAGAAAUAUGAUCUGAAUUUCGAAUUCAAUUUCUGUUCUAACCCUUCUCCGUUUCUGUAUCACUUUUCUCCGGUCAUUUCCAUUCGUUUUGCGAGUGAUUUUGUGCGAAAUUCUCAAAAAGAAGUCUUGGGCAUCACAAUUUGACCUAGAAUUUAGCGACCCACAUUCCCAGUUGAUGGAAGGAAAUUUUGAAGUCACCUCACUGCAAUAUGGAUCCGAAAUAUCCGGACCCAAACGCGGGGGAUCGGAAUUCGGGUUUGAAGAAAUCCACAGCUUAAUAUCCGGCCCGGCGGAAACAGAAGGCAGCUCGUUCUCGGCGCUCCUCGGACUUCCGCCGCCGCAGGCUAUGGAGCUCUUGGUCAAGGAAGACUUUCCGGCUAAGCCCAUGCCGCCUCCGAUUUUCCUUUCCGAUUUUGCCCUCGUUGACCGAGCCUCUAUGCUAUCUGCCUACGCGUCGGCCGAUAAUUCCCCAGUGAGUACUACGAUAUUUUCAGCCUCAAGCUCGAUGAAGCUAGAUUUGGUGAAGCACGAGCCACCGGAGGAUUUCUCUUCGCCGGCGGUUUAUAAUCAGAGUUUGAAGUCCGGCAAGCGAAAGGAGAGGGAGAAGAAGGUUAAAGAACCGAAAAAGAAGAGCAAAAAGGCGGUAGCAAAUGAAGCUUCCGAAAUGAGUGGCGAGAAGCUGCCGUAUGUUCAGGUCAGAGCCCGCCGUGGUCAAGCUACUGACAAUCACAGCUUAGCUGAGAGAGCCAGGAGAGAGAAGAUCAAUGCCAGGAUGAAGCUAUUGCAGGAGCUAGUCCCAGGAUGCCACAAGUUCUUGUCUAUGAAACUUGCUGGUGUUAACCCGAGAGUUGAUUUCAACCUUGAUGCUCUCCUUGCUGUAGAAAAUGGAUCCUCUAUCAAUAAUAGCUGCCCGGGCAUGUUUGAUCCUCCCGUAUGGCCUGAGGGACAAAUCGACAUGAACAGACAGCACCAUUAUCACCAGCCUUUGGAUGUUGAUGGGCUUCACCAGCCUUCAUGGGCCAGACCAGAAGACACCUCUAAUUUCAUUACUCCAGAUUACUCGCUAUUAAGUUAUGAUUCCCCUGCAAACUCCGGUAAAUUCACUUCUCAUUGACGAAUAAUCACGUUCACCGUAAUUUAUCACAUUUUUAUUACUCGUCUGUGGUCGAUGCUGGUUUUAAAAUUUUCCCUCUAAGAACAUAACUGGCCCGAAUGUGAAGUAGCUCCUGUACAACCAAAAUAGUUGAGACUUGUGAAUAAACUAAAUCUUUCGAGAUGAUUAAUAUGCAACGUUUUGUCUUUUUUGGCACAGCAUCACUGCACUCAAGUCAGCUGAAAAUGGAGCUCUGAAGGAGGGGGACCAAGAAUUUUCCAAAUAGCUAGCUUUGUAUAUACUGAAUAUCUUUACUAGAAUGUAGUGGGAAAACUAGUGAGUUUAUCUCAGAUUUCUCAGUAUUGAGCUAUCACACACACACACAAACACACAAUUGUUUGCUGAUGAAUCGAAAACCUUGUUCAUUUUGUCAAGAGGAAACUUGGCUAGCCAUAUAUAGAUAUAGAUGUCGUAAUGUUCGACAUUACUAAUUUAUUUGUAUUAUACUGAGAACGACAUCGGUUGAUUUUUAAUCUAAUAUAUAUAUCAAGGUUUCAGAUCUUUGAGUCCUCCUUGCAUCUUACCUUCGCUUUUUCUUUCGUCUGUUCUUUCUUAUAUUUAC